UUAACAAAAUAAAAUCGGGCGCAAACAUAUUUUUAAAAAAAGGUACUUGUGUGAGUAUGUACGACCGUAAAUUAGAACAAAGAGCAAGCGUUAGUAUAAUCGAAGAUCUUAAAAGCGUUUCGUGGAAGGUGGAACCAUCAACAGCUGCAAAAAAUACCAGAAAUUUCAUCAGAGAAAUUGUAGAUAAUUUAGAUUUAAAACCGAAUCCAGAUAAACCCGUCAUCGCCUUAUCAAUAGGAGAUCCGACAAUUUACGGAAAUCUAAAAGCCGCAGCGGAAACAAUUGAAGCCGUCCGAGCGUCUCUGGAACAAGGUCUAUUUAACGGUUAUUUACCCAGCACGGGACAUCAAGAUGCGAAACAAGCCGUGGCUGAAUACCUAUCGCAUAACGGUUCCGAAAUAAAUGCCAACGACGUUAUUUUAUGCAGCGGAUGCUCUUCUUCGUUGGAGCACUGUAUUACAGUGUUGGCAGAUGGCGCCAAAAAUCACAACAUCCUCAUUCCGAGACCAGGUUUUCCAAUUUAUAGGACGUUAGCUGAACACAUCGGAGUGGAAGCAAGAUAUUAUAACCUCAUUCCCGAAAAUAAUUGGGAGGUGGAUCUGCAUCAUUUGGAGUCUCAAAUAGACGGCAACACCGCUGCUAUAGUUCUCAAUAACCCGUCGAAUCCGUGCGGAUCGAAUUUUAGCGAAGAACAUCUUCGCAACAUACUAGAAAUAGCCUACAAUAACCGUAUACCGGUUAUCGCUGAUGAAAUUUAUGAAAAUAUCGUAUUUCCCGGUGAAAAAUUCGUAUCGACUGCUAGUUUAAAUUCGGGCGUACCGAUUCUAAUUUGCGGAGGGCUCGCCAAAAGAUUUUUGGUACCUGGAUGGAGAUUAGGUUGGAUUGUAGUUCACGACGAAUUCGGCGUAUUCGAUGAAGUACGAAAAUCGUUGAAUGCGUUAUCUCAAAGAACAAUCGGUAGUAAUACGUUGAUUCAAGGUGCCUUACCGGCCAUUUUGAAAAAUACUCCGAAAAGUUUUUACGAGUUCUUAAAUAACACUUUAGCUAGAAACGCUCAAGUAGCUUUUGAAAAACUACAAAACGCUAAAGGAUUGACACCGUUUAUGCCUCAAGGUACAAUGUAUAUGCUGGUGGAAAUACGGAUGGAAAAAUUCCCGAUGUUCGAGAACGGAUUGGCUUUUGCGCAGAAAAUGAUGGAAGAAGAAUCGGUAUUUUGUUUACCGGGUGAAUGUUUUGCUAUAUCUGGGUUUUUGAGAAUUGUGAUAACAGUUCCAGAAGAUGUGAUAAAUGAAGCUUGUUUACGGAUAUCUGAAUUCUGCAACAGAUAUUAUACUAUGUGAUUUUUUUUAAAUAAAUUCUUCAAUUAACACCACUAAGUUGAAUUUUGACAUGUUAAUUGACUAUCAGAAUACUAGUGAUAAGAUUAUAAAUUAUUAUAAAUAAUAAAUAUCAUAACAAAGCUAUGCAGACCUUUUUUCCUCUACCUUUAUCCAUAUUAUUACAUUCCAGAAAUUUUAUAGGGUUAAAAAAGCAGCACCUGACAUGAAAAAAGGAAAUUGACAGAUAAAUUGUGGAAAAAUGUCAAAAUUCAAAGUAGACAGUUAUAGAAUUUGAUUUCUGUAUGACCCCUUCAAUUCUAUCAAUAAAAAAUCGUAGUUUAUUAGAAAAUACGAAAAAACUGAAUUAUAUAAUUAGUAAACACGGGGUCUAUAAAAACUCUUAGCACUAAUUUCUAUCUUUUUAUUAUUUAGCAGUAUAUUGUCAAAAAUUUUUCUAAUAAAUAAAUAAUUAUAUAUUAAAAAAA